CAUGUUCUUCACCAAUGCCAGAUGCAUUAUACUAAAGGUGACGAUAUCCCUUCAUCAAUGAUCUUCUUCUACAUGCCAAUAUCCCAGACAUCACAGUUUGAUUUUCAGCAAGCUCUACCGAAAAUGUCAAUCUUCAAACGUGUCAAUGUCAAUACUUUUAUAGUGAGCUGAAAUAGUACGUCAAAUUUAGCUGCAGAUAUCAACAUAUGUGCAGAUUUUAUGACCUCUAACUUCUAUCAUUUGCACAAGAGUUUGCAUAUAGCCCACAGCGGAGGUGCCUCACUGUUUGCAUGGAGACAUGAUUGGUGUGUCUAGGCCACAUGCCUCUAGUCUCUUCAGUACUGAGUUUCCAUGUAACCGCCAUAUGUACCCAAAAGGGAAAAAAAAAAAAAAAUCCAUAAUCUUAUACAUUUUCUUGCAUAAAUAUGGUUUGUUUUUUCUCAGCAUUUAGUAUUUCUGCUUGACUUUGUCAAUUGUAUCUCGGAUCUCUUGGUGCCGGCUGUAAGUCUUAGAAUAAAUACCCAAAAAAAUU